AUGGGCUGGUUCGAUGAUGACUCCAACCAGGCUCAGGCCUACAACACCUUCAACGGCCAGCAAGAGCACGACCCCUCCGUGGUCCACGAGCUGAUUGCCGGUGCCGCUUCCUACGAGGCAGCCAAGGCCUACGAGAACCACGUUGCUGAGAACGGCGAGCCCCCCAGCCACGAGAAGGCCAAGGAGAUCCUCGCUGGCUUUGCCGGUGCCUUUGUCGACCGUGAGGUCGAGAGCCGCGGCUUGGACUUCGUUGAUGCCGAGAAGGCCAAGUACCAGGCCAGACAGCAGGUCAACGAUGCUUAUGACAACAACGGAAACCAGUUCUAG